CGGUGACGUCACUCCGGUCUCUAAUGGCUGAACAACAACAACCGUCGGCGGGUGACAAAGUUUCCCAAACUCCCGCAGAGGCUGAAGAAAGUUGGAAAUAGCGAAGAGUUUUUUUUUUUGGUUGUGUCGCAGUUUUCGCGCGUUUCUCUGUUGACUGUCUCUCUCUCUUUCUUUCCUCCUGUCUUGUGGUUACAAAUGUGGGAUUAUUGAUGGAUCACAGAUAUGACAUACCGCGGAGGGCCGCCGCCGGUGGUGGUGGUGGUGGUGGCGGCGGGGGCUCCGCGAACUCGUCCCCGGCUCUCGGGGCUCAGUCGCGCCGCAGGAAGAUGCCUCCGAGACCCGCUGAUUUUAAACUCCAGAUCAUCAUCAUCGGCUCCCGCGGUGUCGGUAAAACCAGCCUCAUGGAGAGAUUCACCGACGACACUUUCUGCGAAGCCUGCAAGUCGACCGUCGGAGUUGACUUCAAAAUCAAGACAGUGGAGCUGAGAGGGAAGAAGAUCAGACUACAGAUCUGGGACACGGCCGGCCAGGAGAGGUUCAACAGCAUCACAUCAGCCUACUACAGAAGUGCCAAGGGAAUAGUGCUAGUGUACGAUAUCACAAAGCAGGAGACCUUCGACGACCUGCCCAAAUGGAUGAAAAUGAUAGACAAGUACGCCUCAGAGGAAGCAGAGCUCCUUCUGGUCGGGAACAAGCUGGACUGUGAGACUGAUCGUAUCAUCUCCAGACAGCAGGGAGAGAGGUUUGCUUCUCGAAUAAGUGGAAUGCGCUUCUGCGAAGCUAGUGCAAAGGACAACUUUAAUGUCGACGAGAUCUUCCUGAAGCUUGUGGAUGACAUCCUUAGCAAGAUGCCUCUGGAAGUUCCCAACAGGGAGCUUUCCAACAGUGUCCUGUCUCUGCAGCCUGAACCGGAAGUGCCUCCGGAGUUGCCGCCUCCCCGCAUGCGCUGUUGCUGAGAGUCCGAGUACCCCCCCCCAUCCUUUACACACACACACACACUCAGCUCACACAUGCAGAGUACCAAUCUGGCCACCAAGGGGCAGCAAACAGCAGCAGUUUGGAUUUAUUGACUGCUGAUGUAAAGAUGCAUGGACUCUCUUAACAACUAGUAUUAUUAUUAUUUCUUCUCCCGUUUUCUAACUGUACACUAUGACACGUACUACACUAACACUUAGGCCUGGUGAAUCACCCACUUCCUACCAACACUUCUGUCUACACUUGACCCCAGACUACCUCAUUCCCCCUGAAACGUUUAGGCUAGCUGUGCCCCGCAGGUGCCUUCGAGGUAGAGAGCCCUCUGGUAGCAGUUGCACAUUUACAAGGAGGAGGAUUAUUGAGGGCCUUACAGCUUGUUCUCUUUAAAAAAAAAUAGUCCUUACACAUACUGUACAUUAAGUUUGACAUUGUCUGAGUUGCCCCGAUGGUCUGGUAUCUCUGCAUUAUCUAGCUUACAGAAAAAGGGAUAAUAAUCUCACAUCUCUUCGGCUUAGUUUAAAUUCUGGGUCUAGGUACAGUAGUUUUAUACUCUUAUUAAUAGAUAUUAUUACCAAGUUGACUUGAGGUAAACACAAAAGCACAUGAUGUAAAUACGGUGUGUUGCUGUAAUGACUGGACAAGGUGCAAGAAUUUCUUGUAGCCAGCAGUAGGCGGGGUUGUGUGGUGGUGAUCAUAUCAGUUUGUAUUCCUUUGCCUUAAGGUAUUAAAGCGGCUGGAGCGGCUCAAUUUCACAUUUGUAUAAAUCGUAAUGUUUUGCACUACAAUCCAUCUUUACCUAGUUAAGCUGACAUGUAGAAGAAAAAAAGAGAAAGCACAUGACUCGUAGUUUAGCGCUAGUGAAGAUCAGUGUUGCCUCGGUUAGCGGCCGCUCUCAACUCUUCCAUGCCCCGUUGAAGAGUGAGUGGGAUUGGUGUUUUCACAGGGGGCAUUCUCUGUGUGUGUGUGUGUUGCUGGCUUUUUUAGAGGAAACAUUAAGUAGUUAGUACACACACACUCGCAUAUAGUUUUGGCCUUUUGGUUUUGUUACUAAUCUUGCAAAGUUGUUUUUAUUUUUUGUGUUUUUUUUCCUCUGAAUUCAGAAACAGCUGAGAAAAGAAUGUGUCUCCUCUUUUUAUGGGGGGGAAAAGUGCAGGAAGGUUUGUUAUGUUUUUGAAUGACUCAGGAAACUUUGAUUCAGCUCAUAUCUGCUCAUGUUGACAGGCUUUUUUACUGUAGACUUGAUUUGAGUUACAUAGCAAAUAAAUAACAUCUUUAUAAAGAUACUACUUUUUAGAGGAGGUCAGCUGUUUUGAGUUUAUGAUUUGGGGCAGUUUGUUACAGACCAGUGUGGAGACAUCCCAUCACUUGCACAUUUAAAAACAAACUAGGCUAUGCAUGUUAAGCCCUCCGGUGUUCAUAGACAUUAAUAAUCAUUUAAUUCUUCCGUCUUUUUUUGUUUUUUGUUAAAUGAAUGCAAUAUUAGCAAUGUAGCACUGUGAGUGUUUCUGUUAUUGUUUUUACAUGUUGAAGUAAAAGCCCGAGUCUUGAGGAUGAGGAUGAGGAAGGACGAACCCAUUCAAAGGACCUGAUUUAAAAAAAACUGACUGUUUUUGGUUAAAAUUGGUUCAUUUUACUUUCUGUUGAAGUUUUAUGUUGAUGUCAAGCUUUUGUGGACUUGAACUGGCACAUUAUGUAUUCUAACAAAUGAAUAGUUUUCAUACCACAAUAAAGAUGUUGAAAAUGUGAGACCUUCACUGACAUCCUAGCACAUCAAUAAGAUCAUCAGCCAGCAAACGACCUGCGCACACAAAUUAUCUGCAACUUUAUCUCUCUCUUGUGUUUUAAAAUUGAAAAAAAAACAUCUUUUGAUGUUGUUUUGGAAUCAAACCAUUCAUUUGUCCCUCUGACUUUUAGCAUUUGGCACUAACCCCGUGGUCUCUGUUUUAAUAACCAAGCCUUAUUACUACUCAGUGUUUUAAAUAUACAUUUUAAACAAUGCUUUUAUUUUGAAAUGUGUAUCCUUUAAAAGAUGGAAGACUGUACUUUGUAUUAAAACCUGUUAUAAGUCUUUGAAAAGUUUUCGGCAUGUUUAAAGCGGAUUUGUGGUAUUUAUAACUUGUGGCAUUCUUGAACUAAUGAAAUGCAAUUAAAGAUAUCUAUAUUUAUUACCA